CCUGAAAAUGAUUUUUGAACAUCGAGAUGAUAUGACCUUCACGAACUGGUACAGAAAUAGAGCAGCUUUGGAGUUUGGACUUCUCUGAGUUUACUUGUCCAUCUACGAAGGAAUGAAACAUCGGCCGAAUUGAGCUCAGAAAUGGCGGUGUCCGUACAUACUGGUAUCUGGGACAGCGUGAGAGAGCUAACCAGAGUGGCCCAGAGAAAGGGUAGCGAUCCUCUGCACUGGGCGUUACAGGUAUCUUCGAACUUAAACUCCGCUGGAGUGGCUCUGCCGUCUGCGGAGCUCGCCGACGUGUUGGUAUCGUACAUUUGCUGGGACAACAACCUUCCUAUUCUCUGGAAGUUUCUGGAGAAGGCGUUGGUGCUGAAGAUCGUGCCGCCUAUGUUCGUACUUGCCCUGCUCUCCACGAGGGUCAUUCCGCACCGAAAAUCUUGGCCGGUGGCAUAUAGGCUUUAUCUUGAACUCCUUAAGAGACACGCCUUCGCCCUUAAAUUUCAGAUAAAUGAUCUGAAUUAUCAGAAGGUCAUGGAAUCAAUAGAUGAUGUUCUUCUUCUUUCACAGAGAUUUGGCAUGACCCCAAGUGAACCUGGGAUUCUUGUGGUUCAGUUUAUUUUUUCAAUUGUGUGGCAGCUGCUUGAUGCAACAUUAGAUGAUGAAGGGUUGCUAGAACUUACAUCAGAUGAGAAGUCCAUAUGGGCAACUAAAUCACAAGACAUGCAAAUAGAUUACCAUGAUAUUUACGAUGAGAAGAGGGCUGAACUUCAGGAGAGACUACAGAAUGAAAAUACUGUGAUGUCUGUCGAUUUAAUAGGGCAAUUUCUGCAAAAUAAAGUAAUUUCGAGAAUUAUUUUCUUGGCUCGUCGGAACAUGCCUACCCAUUGGGUUCAUUUCAUCCAGCGAUUACGGUUACUUGAAACAAAUUCAUCAGCACUAAGAAAUUCAAAUGCUCUAACUCCUGAGGCUCUUCAUCAGUUGACUUCAGAUGCUCCAACAGUCUUGUCUCGGGAAUACAAAACAACUUCACUACAAAAGUUCCAUGCUGUUAUGGCUUUUGGUUCUCUAUCUUCAUCAGCUGGUCCAUGCCAAGGGGCUAACCGUUCUGCUCUUUGGCUUCCUCUUGAUCUUUUAUUGGAAGAUGUCAUGGACGGAUGUCUAGUUAAUGCAACAAGUGCUAUUGAAAUAAUUAGUGGUUUGAUUAAAACCCUUCAAGCAAUAAAUGGCACGUCCUGGCAUGAUACUUUUUUAGCUCUUUGGAUAGCAUCUCUUCGUCUUGUUCAGAGGGAAAGGGAUCCCAUUGAGGGCCCUGUGCCUCGCCUUGAUACUCGAUUAUGCAUUCUGUUGUCUAUCACAACACUUGUGGUUGCUGAUCUAAUUGAGGAGGAAAGUGCACCAGUUGAUGAAACAGAAUGCGGCUCUACUAAUCAUUGGAAAGACAAAAAGGUUACAGGGAAGUGCCACAAUGAUUUGGUCUCUAGCCUACAGAUACUUAGGGAUUAUCAGGGCUUGCUGACUCCACCCCAAUCUGUUGUUUCUGCAGCCAAUCAGGCUGCUGCAAAGGCAAUGCUUUUUGCUUCAGGCAUCAAUGUGGGGAGUGCAUACUUCGAGUGCAUUGGGUUAAAAGAUAUGCCUAUCAACUGUUCUGGAAACAUGCGCCAUUUGAUAGUUGAGGCUUGUAUUGCCAGAAAUCUACUAGACACAUCUGCAUAUCUCUGGCCAGGAUAUGUGAAUGGACAAAUCAAUCAAAUACCUCAUAGUGUGCCUGCUCAAGCACCUAGUUGGUCAUCAUUUAUGAAGGGCGCUCCACUCACUCCCUUGUUGAUAAAUGCCUUGGUUUCAACUCCUGCUUCAAGCUUGGCAGAGCUCGAGAAAAUAUUUGACAUUGCAGUCAAAGGAACAGAUGAUGAGAAGAUAUCUGCUGCUACAAUACUUUGUGGGGCCUCCUUAAUUCGGGGUUGGAAUAUACAGGAACACACCAUUCAUUUCAUUGCUAGAUUGUUGUCUCCCCCAGCUCCUCCAAAAUAUUGUGGGAAUGGCAGCCAUUUGAUCGGUUACGCUCCAAUGCUGAAUGUACUAAUUGUUGGAAUAGCAUCUAUUGAUUGUAUUCAGAUUUUCUCUCUACAUGGCUUGGUUCCGCAACUUGCAUGUUCACUGAUGCCAAUCUGUGAGGUGUUUGGUUCAUGUGUGCCUGACGUCCCAUGGGUUCUUACAAAUGGGGAAGAAGUUUCUGCUCAUGCUGUGUUUUCAAAUGCAUUUAUUCUUCUUUUGAAGCUUUGGAGGUUCAAUCAUCCUCCUCUUGAACAUGGAGUAGGAGAGACACCCACAGUUGGAUCCCAACUAACUCCUGAAUACCUCCUAUUAUUACGAAACUCACACCUAGUAUCUUCUGGAAAUGUCAAUAAGAGUCGAAACAGGAGAAGACUCUCAGCAGUUGCAAGUUUGUUAUCUCCACAACCUGUAUUUGUGGACUCAUUUCCAAAAUUAAAAGCGUGGCAUCGGCAGCAUCAAGCAUGUAUAGCUUCAACCCUCUCUGGUCUUGUUCAUGGAACCCCAGUUCAUAAGAUUGUUGAUGGGCUUCUUAAUAUGAUGUUCAAGAAGAUUAAUAGAGGAGGCCAAUCCUUAACUGUUACAUCAGGAAGUAGUAGUUCUUCUGGACCUGGAAAUGAAGAUACCUCUUUAAGACCUAAAUUGCCUUCCUGGGAUAUUCUGGAAGCUGUUCCCUUUGUGGUUGAUGCCGCUUUAACUGCCUGUGCUCAUGGAAAACUUUCUCCUCGUGAACUGGCCACAGGUCUUAAAGAUUUAGCUGAUUUUCUUCCUGCAUCUUUGGCAACCAUUGUGAGCUACUUCUCUGCUGAAGUAACUAGAGGUGUUUGGAAACCAGCUUUUAUGAAUGGAACAGAUUGGCCCAGUCCUGCUGCAAAUCUUUUUAAUGUUGAGGAACAGAUUAAAAAAAUCUUGGCUACUACCGGUGUUGAUAUCCCAAGUCUUUCCGCAGGUGGCAGUUCUCCAUCUACACUUCCACUGCCUCUGGCUGCCUUUGUAAGCCUUACUAUAACUUACAAAAUUGACAGAGCGUCAGAACGUUUUCUAAAUCUGGCUGGCCCAGCCUUGGAGUCCCUUGCAGCAGGUUGUCCAUGGCCUUGCAUGCCAAUCGUGGCUUCUCUGUGGACACAAAAAGCAAAGCGCUGGAGUGACUUCCUUGUCUUUUCUGCCUCUCAAACUGUCUUCCUCCAUAACAGUGAUGCAGUGGUUCAGCUACUUAAAAGCUGCUUCGCUGCAACACUCGGUCUGAAUGAUAUUCCCAUCUCAAGCAGCGGUGGGGUUGGAGCACUUCUUGGCCAUGGAUUUGGAUCCCAUUUCUGUGGUGGGAUUUCUCCAGUUGCCCCUGGUAUCCUUUAUCUACGAGUUUAUCGAUCCAUUAGAGAUAUUGUGUUCAUAACAGAAGAAGUUGUUUCUCUCUUGAUGCAUUCUGUCAGAGAUAUUGUAUCCAGUGGGCUUCCUAGAGAGAGAUUAGAGAAUUUGAGGACAAGCAAGAUUGGAAUGCGAUACAGACAAGUUUCACUUGCUGCAUCAAUGACUCGGGUGAAAGUGGCAGCUGCCCUUGGGGCUUCUUUAGUAUGGUUAUCUGGCGGCUUAAGUCUAGUUCAAUCUUUAAUAAAAGAAACGUUGCCAUCUUGGUUUAUAUCUGUUCACAGAUCUGAGCUGGAAGAAGGAUCAGAAGGGAUGGUCGCAAUGCUUGCGGGAUAUGCUCUAGCUUACUUUGCCGUGCUUUGUGGAGCUUUUGCUUGGGGUGUUGACUCAACAUCAUCUGCAUCAAAACGCCGGCCAAAAAUCCUUGGGACCCAUUUGGAAUUUCUGGCUAGUGCAGUUGAUGGGAAAAUAUCACUUGGUUGUGAUUGGGCUACGUGGCGUGCUUAUGUCUCAGGAUUUGUGACCUUAAUGGUGGGUUGCACUCCAAAUUGGGCACUGGAGGUAGAUGCAGAUGUGUUGAAGAGACUAAGUAAUGGGCUGAGGCUGUGGAAUGAGGAGGAGCUUGCUUUGGCUUUGCUGGGGAUUGGUGGGGUUGGUACAAUGGGCGCGGCUGCUGAACUGAUAAUAGAAAAUGAUAUGUAAAUGAGCUUUCCCCCUUUUCUGAUUUACUCUUUUUAGGACUACUCCAAGGAAUGCAAUUGUACAUUAAUACCCGUAGGAAAGUUUUGGAGUAAAUGAUCUAACAUUUUGUAUGGGAAAGUGUUAUGAACCCACUAGGUAUAAUUUACCAUUGAAAACCGGCUUAUAAGAAAA